AUGCCCGAGUUUGGUAUGCUUAACAACAACAUCGAGGCUCUUCUGGGCCUAAGAACACCAGCUAUGAGCGGCGGCUCAACCGUCCAACACAUCGACGCUGUCGAUGCCCUUGCUCGAAAUCUCUAUCUCCGCGCCAAACAGUCAGGACUUCCAUUUACCGGUGUCGCUGAUGCCGUUCGCAACCUUCAUCGAGUCCUACGACAUCUGCGUAUCGAAGCUGCUGAUCAAGACUCCCUCUUGAACAACGCUGAUGCCUCAUCUACGUCACUUUACGCCCGCAAACUCUCGAUUCACAUUGAAAAUUGCGACUUUGCCCUCGCUGAACUUGAAACGCUCCUGGACAGAUACGGAGACGGUCGCGCUAUCAUGGCUGAGGACGAACGCCUACGCGAUAACAAACUAUUUGAAAUGAAACAGAAACUUGACGAUGAAAAAUAUAGCGUUGACUUGUUUCUGGACGCUGUUCAGCUGCAUGCCGAGAACAGACCCACCAGAGUUGUCGAAGGCCAAGAGGGUCUAGAGAGAAUCAAGGAUGUCGUUGACGAAAUCGCCACCAAACUAUUCCGGAAUCGCAACGAAGGUAGUUUUACCGAAGACGAGGAUGGUUUGUGGCGCGAGUUCAAGAUCGAGCUCGAGGAUCGAGGGUUUUCACCUCAAGUGCUACGUAAACACAAGGAUGUUCUACGAGCAUACAUUCGUGAGCUCGAGUCUGUUCAGAACCAGAACGGCGGAAACUACCCUUCAGUCCGAGGUCUCCUAGAGCAAGAAGCACGAUCCCAGCCUUCUUCGCCGAGAGAAGACAAUGGUAACCCUUACGAGAAAUACCCGCCUGUUAUCCUCACUGGCGGUCGACGCAGAUCAAACAGUGACCCCCCUCGAGACAUUAUGUCGCAAUCGCCGAAAGAUGGCGACAGCGAGUCUGACUAUUCUAUGGCACUCGUAUCAACCCAGGACUUGCUCAGCAUGGACAAACUCAAUUCUCGAAUAGCAAACUUGAGUGUCCAGCCAAAUGACCAGUACAGUCUGGCUCCUGAGCCCAAAUAUCUUCCACCCAACAGCCUGCCGGGUGCUCCAGAGAUGUCUAGUUCGCCAACUACUCAUCACUACGGGGCCUCUCCACGCUCUAUGCCCCCUAUGCCUCAUCAUUUGAAUAGCGGCCCACCAUCUUAUGGUAGCAGCCCACGGAGCAGCGCUCCUCGGCUGGCUCCAGACCGAUGGGGCAACGAGAUCCCACCUGAUGCUCAGUGGACUAGAAUCAGACGAGAGCGUGUCAGCCCUGAGGUACUCGAGCGGGCUGGUGUGCGGUAUGAAGCACGUCCUGACUAUGUUGCAGUCUUGGGUAUUUUGACUCGAGAGCAGAUUGAGGAGUAUGCUCGUCAAAGUGCAGCAUGUCGUGCUGCACGGUUGGCACGUGGUCCACCGCCUCGUAGGCAUGAUCACUACUCUGAGCGUAGAGACUCGAGGAGCAGCCGAGAGGAUGACGAUGAUGACAGCGGGGUCUUUGAAGAAAGCGAUGUCACAGACGAUGAAGAUGACAAGUCUUCAGAGAAAGGUACAAAGAGCUACCCAGUCAUCGUCAACCCCCCCACAAAGAGCAAGACAUCCCCUUCCAGCACUACUCUCCCGAAGCCAAUCUUGAAGAACAAGAAUGAAAACCGCGUUCAUUUCGACCCAGAGCCUUACGAGGUAGAUGGCCGAAGUCCCCGCUCUUAUAGAGAUGACCGACACCGCGAUCGCAAUCACGAUCACCGCGAUGAUCACCGUGAUCGCCGACGACCGAGCCCGUCUAGGUCAUCCCGACGCUCGCGAAGGUAUUCUAAUGGUGGAGAUCGACACUCACGUAGCGACAAGCACGGCGACUACUACUACGAUGGUGGCAAGCGCUAUCAUCGUGAAAGAGAUCGUGACCGUGAUCGCGACAGAGAAAGAGAUAGAGACCGUGACCGAGACCGUGACCGUGAUAGAAGAAGUACAAGGAGAGAAGAUCGCCCUCAAGGGAGAAAGAAAUGGGGUGAAGCUCUCGGUGCAGUCGGCAUUGGAGGUGCAGCAGUGAGUCUUUUGAGCGUCCUCGCUGAAGCUGCGUCAUGA